CCCCUGAAUACAGAGUAAAUUAGGGAUUUUUUUUUUUAAUGAAACUAACUUGAGUUCACUGGAAACCCUUAUUUGGCACACACAUCUGGCUGUUUCACAGAAAUUUCAACUUUGCAAAAAACGCUGGAAUUGAUUUCUCGUCACAGGAAAGCUGUUAGUUGUUGUCGAUCAACAGAAGUCUUAACACAGACAGGAGCAGAGAAGUUUCCUGUUGAGACUUAUUCAAAGAAAACCCCAAAGGAGAACUCUGAGAACUCAUUUGGGGAUGAAGCUGCCAGUGCAAAAGGGUACUAUUUACAUACAUCUACUGAUCAACAGAUGCAAGAGGAUUUUUCUCCGGACUCCUGUGGCUCGUGGGAUGGGGAUCUGGCUCCAAGGAGUGCAGCUGCCACUCCUGCUGCUGCUCUGUGGUCUGCAGACACACACCGGGAGUGCUGAGGUUGCAGCUGAAAUUGCCUUUGAUUUGGCGCCAGAUUCCUUUGAUGAUCAGUACCAAGGCUGUAGCGAACAGGUCAUGAAGGAGCUAAAUCAAGGAGAUUAUUUCAGAAAGGAACUAGAUACCCAUAAGAAUUACUCCAAGGUGUGGCACAAAGCCCACUUAACCUGGCUGAACCAAGCAAAAGAUCUCCCCAAGGACAUGACAACAACACAUGCUGUGGCUCUCCUGGUUUACACAUUGAAUAACAAUAUGCGCUCUGACUUUUCUAAUGCCAUGGCCACUGCUGCCAGGUCUCCUCAGCAGUAUAGACAUUCAUUCCAUUUCAAAUACCUACACUACUACCUGACCUCAGCAAUCCAGCUGCUGAGGAAAGAGAUCCUUGUGAAGAAUGGUACCUUGUGUUAUGAGGUGCAUCAUAGCAUGAAGGAGGUCAACUUCAAAGCCCACAUAGGUGCCACCAUUCGAUUUGGCCAAUUCAUUUCCAUCCCCUUCCCGAAAGAAGAGACACAGAAGUUUGGGAGUCAAACGCUGUUUACCAUAUUUACCUGCAUGGGUGUACCUGUACAAGACUUCUCCCUCAAGAAGGAAGUCCUAAUCCCUCCAUAUGAAUUUUUUGAAGUGGUAAAUACCAGCUACCAUCCAAAAGGAAAUUGGUUGCAAUUGCAGUCUGCUGGAAACCUAAGCACAUAUAACUGCCAGCUGCUUAAAGAUUCCAGCAAGAAGUGCAUCCCUGCUCCUAUAGUUAUUGCUUCUCUCUCCUUUUUGGCCAGUGUUAUCAUCUCUUCCAAAAGCAGAGUGCAAGGGAAUCCUGAGGCUCUUUUUUAAAUGUACAUAUGUAAAUGAAAACUUGUGUUGGUUUUUGCUAAUAAUGGGAAGUUGUUUACUGGAAAGGAUGAUUCUCUGAUGCUUCCGCUGAAACCAGAGCAUGGUCUUCUCUUGGCUAGUUCUGUUUUGCCUUCCCCAUACCCAUUUGCCUUUCCCAUUCAGAGCACCCUGAAUACCCCUGGGGAAUCACUCUGCCCACCUUUCAUUUGAUACACAGCUGUUUCGGAUCACUGCCUAUCAGUUGGCCUAUCACUCAGAUCUUAGCCAUUUCAGCAUAUUUCUUCAUGAAAACAGAAGUUUAUGUUGGACUAGAAAAUAGCCCAGGGAUAGCUUAUGAGGUAUAUCAGGGUACUUUUUAGACACUUGUUUUGGGAGUAGGAGAGGGACCUCUAUUUUGAAUGGAGUAAGUAUGAACUUAAAGAUGCUAGAAGUUAUCUUACCACCAAAGAGGGGACCCCCAACUCCCUGAGAAAGCAGCUAACACAAUUAAGGAAGAGGUGAGAAAUGAAAAGAAAGUGAGACCAAAUGAGAAUGUAUGACCCUCUAGAUUCAUCUGGGUCUGAAGCUGAGUACCGAAAGUUUUUUCUUCACAUUAAAUCCAUAAGUUAUAUUUUGCUUACAUAAUUUGAAUUACGUAGUCUAUCUCAAACCAUUGAAAGAAUUCUGAUGAAUACAGGUUCCCUGCACUUUUUUAAAAUUUAAUGAUCCUAAAUAGGAACAACUCAAAGAAGACUGAGUUAUGAAGCAAAGAACAAACUCAUGAUCAAAUGGAAAAGCUUUGAGCCCCAGAGACCUAACCAAAGUGUGAAUUUUCUUCAGAGAUUUUCAUCAGAAUUCAAGAUCAAACUAUUUUGGUCUCAUAUGGGAAGAAACACAGAAUCCUGAGCAAUAAAAGAGAAAGGUAAUGAAAUAUGUUAGUGAAAUGUCAUUCAUUGCCAGUUAACAGGGUGGUAGAUACAAGCUCCUAAAGUACUUACCAAAAAAAAAAAAAAAAA